AUGGCACUAGAUUAUAACGGUUACCAGCAGGAAGAGUCAGAUAAGAACGGUCACAAUGGACUUUCUCAGAUGUCAAGACUGGCUGUCGAUGUCAUAGCGUUCAUGGGGCAGUCAGCCUAUAUCAAUCAUGACACAAUUCUUGAAGAAUUUUCAAGUUCAGAAUCAAAAACCAGAUUUUUGAUAUCCACAAUUGCUUUUGGUAUUGGGAUCAAUAUCGCUGACAGAAGAUAUGUAUUCCACUGGGGUGCUCCAAAAACAAUUGAAGACUAUUGGCAAGAGGUGGGAAGGGCUUGGCGAGAUGGUCAUCCUGCAAAGGCAAUCAUGUAUGUGUGA